AUGGCGACAACCCCCUCCCAAAACGAGAUUCCCAAAUCCGUGCUGGAUGCCACCAACCAGUCAUUUUCCCGAGAUCAGCCGAGUACUGAAGAUAUUGCACCUGGUGACUUUUUCGAUGAUCCUAACUAUCUCCAAACCUUGCCGCAUAAUGCAAAAGCUUUGGUCUGUGCCGUUCAGCAUGCGGGGGAUAACCCCGAUCGGCCUGGCUUCUGCCAUAUCCAGUCGGAAAUGGCACUCGUCAGAUACAAAAAAAACCAAAACGACACCGAUCUCUCUAUGGCUUUCGCCUUGGAGGCUCUGUCCCUUCGUUAUGUCCCAGACUCGAGCCCAGGUCGAGGAAAGUCCAAUCACCACAUGGGCACAUUGUACCAGAGGAGAUGGGAAAAAUAUAAGAGAAAUACGGAUCUGGAGGGAGCAAUCCGACAUUACAAGUUAGCGGUGAAAACCGCUCAAGAGACCGACGAGGUACUUCGUGAAUGGGCCUGUGAUGUUGGUGUCAUGUACGUGGAGCGCUAUAGACAGGGACAGGAAGCCAUUGACAAAGAAAAUGCACGAGUGUACUUUGACAAAGCCAUCGAGCUCACGGCACAGUCUCCAAUUCGCGCCCGACAUAUCUCCAACAAGGGCGACUUCCUACGUCAGACUGUAUCUGGGGAUGACGAAGAGAGGAAAGCUCAGCUGACAGAGUCUAUCGCGAUUCAUGAUAAUGCGAUCGAGAUUUGUGAAGCUAAUGCAGGUCGUUCAUCUAAGCCGUAUCUGCCAUAUGGCAUGAUUCAUCGCAAUGCUGCCGCGGCUUACAACGCGCGGUUCGUGAUAAGCAAGGACGAAGACGAUGGUAUCAAAGCAUCUUUACUACUCAGGAAAGCAAUCACGUUCGAGAUUCCGGAAAGUCUAGUCUGGGAGCGCUUUCAGAAUGAGCUUGUCGACUUGGAACAAUCAAAGGCGGAGCUACUGGACGACCCUGACGCAGAUCAGAAGGCGUGCGAUGUAUGGAGAGAAGCCAUUGAAGCUUACCCUGAUACCCUGAAACCUAGAGUUCGCCUCUCAGGGUUUCUACAGAAGGUAGCAGAGAAAACAGUUGAUCGCGCUCUGGCUCACGGUCUUCUUUUGGAGGCAAUAGAUGUCAUCGAAGACAAAGCGAGGGCAUUGCUACCAGGCCAUCCAGAUUUCGGAUUAGCUUUCUUCUGCUGCGGCACCACACGCUAUGCUCUUUAUGAAGUUAGUGGUGAACCUAGCAAUCUUGACAAAGCAAUCGAGUAUGCACAGAUUGCAACCAACUGUGAGGAUAGCAUUGACUUAUCGGCCCUAUUUCGCCUACAUGCCCUGGCUCUGAUAGAGCGAUACCAACGGUUCGGUCGUCUUGCAGAUCUGGUUGAAGCUGGCUCUGUAGCUGGCAAGGCCUUUUCGCAAUGGAAAAAGGAUGACGCUGUUGGUCAAGGAUGCUCUUUAUGGGUAGCUGGUAAAGUGAAUCGGAAGAUGUACGACUUCACGGAAAAUGCAGAGCUGCUUCGGCAGGCAUGCGAGGCAUUCCGAGGGGCCUGCAAACUUAUGCCGAAGGACUUUUCGUCUCGGCCACUCGCGUUAAAUGAUCUGGGUAAUAGCUAUGUAAAGCUAUUCAAUUAUGAUGCGUUGCCUGAUAAUCUGGAAAGGGCCAUCGAUGCAUAUAAGGAGGCUCUAGUACAACUGGAGAGCGUGAAUGGAAGUGAUCAACAUCGAGAUAUAUUCAUAUUAACCGCUGCCCUCGGCUCGGUCAUGAUUCAGAGAUUUCUUCACUGGAGUGCCGACAGCGACAUUGAAUCCGCGGUCAAAUAUUACAGGAAAAGUCUCUGUCAAAUUGAUAACGAAGAUCCUCGAUUUGCCAUGCGUGCCGCAAAUUUAAAUUAUGCGCUCCAGCUUCGAUUUGAAGUUAAAAGAAACAUCAAAGAUCUGACAGAAGCGCAACAGAUAGCCAUUUCCGCGCUUGAAGGGCCCAUCUCACUGAGUAAUGAUCUGAGAACCUCACUUUCGACUCUGAUCGGUGAUGCUUACCAAAGUUCAUACAAGGUGACAGCACAAAUGGCGGAUCUGCAGAAAGCGAUAGAAAUCUACGACAAGACCAUCAUGCUAGCAGGCUCCAUAUCAUCUUCGGGGCGUGGGAUUUUGCUCCUUAACAAGGCUACUGCCCUCGCUUCCAUUGCCAAGUCUACCAGGAACCUUUCGGAUUUCGAUGCUGCUGAAAGAGCCCUGCAAGAAGCGAAUAUCGUAAUGCCGGAAGAAAAUCCACUAUACUGGACAAUUGUGCAGCGACACGCAAAUCUUUUUUAUGACAGAUUCAAGAUCUGCCCUGGCCCUAGCACUAUCGGAGAUGCAUAUAAAGCACUUGAAGCUUACGAGUGCCUCGCACGCAUGAGCUCGCACCACGUAUCGGAUCGCAUUCAUCUCGCUUCCAUCGCUGCCGAAAUUGCAAAUGACGUGUUUCAAGAUCCAAGACGGGCUCGUGAUAAUAUUUUGAUUAGUCUCGAGCUUCUACCAGAAGCCGUUCUUCUGCAUGAGAACCGAUUGACACAGUUGAAAUUUGUUAGAGAAUACCAGUAUAUUCCAGGUGCCGCGGCUGCUCUAUCGCUCAAUGCUGGAGAUCCGCCGAGCACUGCUGUUAAGCGCUUAGAAUCCGGGCGAGCCUUCAUUUGGGAUCGCAUUCAGGGUCGGCCGAGCGAAAUUGAUAGCCUCGAUAUCGAGAGACCAGAGCUGGCCGCGCGAUUUCGCACACUGCAGCUGCAAUUAUUUCAAAAGUCGCCCGCCUUCACUUCAUCCAAUGUGGGUUUGGCGACAGUUGUUUUUCCAGAGGAUGAAAAAAGAUUGAACUCCCACAACGGAGCCAAUGCGUAUCGCCAAACUCUCGAAGAAAUAAGACAGUGCCCUGGUUUCAGCUCGUUCUUGAAGACUCCGGAUAUCUCCACGGAUAUUCAGUCUCACUCCAAUGAUGCUCCUAUUGUCUUCAUCAAUGGAAAUUCGUACCGGAGUGACGCUAUUAUAGUGACUGCCGACAAUAUCCAUCAUGUUCCUCUUCCGGAUUUCAACAUUGAGGAAAUUCAGAAAUAUGCUUCGCGCUUUGCUGUCGCGCUUUCUUAUCUCGGGAAGGGUGACAAGCAUCAGAAGGCACUCUCCGAGUAUCAGGCUAUCAUGAAGUGGCUCUGGAAAACGGCUGCUAAGCCCGUGAUGGAUUCCAUUGACUGGAAGAGGUAUCAACAAGCUUCACUGGAGAAACCCCGGAUUGUAUGGGUCUCAGUUGGAUGGAUAAGUAUUCUCCCAAUCCAUGCAGCCGGAGAUUUCGAAGGCCAAAACCCCGCAGACGCCAUCAAAUCCAGAUGCGUUCAAGAUAUUGCCAUAUCUUCGUAUACAAACUCAUUGAAAGCCCUUGCCUAUAUCAGACAAGGUGUUUCCAAUUGCAAAAGCUCGCAAUUUCACCCCAAUAAACAAGCUGUGGUGGCAGCCAUGGCUCAAACUCCUGGUCUUGGCUCAGAGGGCGACCUGAACGUUACACCUGAACUCAGUGCAAUCGAGAAUGCUCUCUCGCCGUACUUAGAUGUCAAUAUCCUUAUGCAGCCCAAUACGCCCACUGUGAAAGGAGCUGUAUCACCAGAAACAGCGAUCCUUCAUUUUGCCUGUCACUCUCGGGCUGAUGAGGACGACCCUUCCCGAAGUGCGAUCAUGCUACAGGAUUGGCAAAAGAAGCCUUCUCCAUUUUCCGUGCGAACGCUCCUUAACCUAGACCUCAAGAGCUGUGAGUUGGUCUAUCUUUCUGCAUGCGAAUCAGGGGUGAGCAAGGACGUCCUUUUACGGGAUGAGGGGAUUCAUAUUGCUGGUGGCUUUCAUAUCGCCGGAGUGUCGCAUGUGAUUUCCACUUUGUGGAAGGUGUCAGAUGAGAUUUCGUCGGAGCUUGCGGGCAUAUUCUAUGCCAAUCUAAAACAGAAUGGGCAGGAAGGCCUGGAUCUGGAUCGAGCGCCAUAUGUCCUCCACGAAGCAGUUGAGGCUUUGAGGCGGAAGGGUGUGCAUCCGAUGCUAUGGGGGGGCUUUCAUUCACUCAGGUCCCUGAAAGGGACGGCAGCUGUUAGUCCUCACUAA